UUCCCAUCUUUCCCAAACAAAAUCUCCUCAAAAAAUGUUUAUCCGACUCCAACUCCCUCCCCCUCCCUCCCCAUUUUCCUUCCUCCCUCGCUCCAACGUUCCAUCACUUUCUCUCCCCACAUCCCCCGACUCCGGCCUCCUCUUCCGUCGGAAACUUCUUUACCUCCAGGAUCUCAACAUUGAUACUCACAAAGCUCUCCGCCUCAACCCUUCUCUCCGUUCUACGCCUCUCUCUUCUCUUCUCUCCGUCGAGCACCUUCUCUCCUCCGUCGGCAUCUCUCGUCCUUCCCUCGGCCGCAUCCUCGACAUGCAUCCCAUCCUCCUCACCUCUGAUCCCCGCUCUUUCAUUCUCCCCGUCCUCCACUUUCUCCUCCAAGAAGUCCCUAUCCCCUCCUCCGACCUCCCCAAAUCCAUCAUUCGCUGCCCUCGUCUUCUCGUCUCCUCCGUUUCUUCUCAGUUGCGCCCCACUCUCUCCUUCCUCCGCUCCCUCGGCUUCGUCGGCCCCAACGCCAUCGACUCCCACACUACCCUUCUGCUCGUCUCCAGCGUCCCCCUAACUCUACAACCCAAAGUCGAGUACCUGCAGGGCCUCGGAUUCUCCUGGGAAGAGGUCUCCAACAUGGUUGUUCGGUCGCCGGCGCUGUUGACCUUCAGCGUAAACAACAAUUUGGUUCCCAAGACGGAGUACUUCGUGAAGGAGAUGGAAGGGAACCUGGCGGAUCUCAAGAGGUUCCCGCAGUACUUCUCGUUUAGCCUGGAGAGGAGGAUUAAGCCCCGUCACCGGCUGCUGGUCGAGCAUGGCUUGUCGAUGCCCUUGUCCAACAUGUUGAAGGUCAGCGAUGGUGAGUUCAACGCCAGGUUGAUCGAGAUGCGGUUGCGCUCAGUUGACAGAUGAGACAUGUAGUCAUGAUUUUCAUUUGCUACUGGAAUUUGAUUGCUGUGGAAAUUUCUACUAUGUCAUUUAUUAUAAGGAUGGUAGAAGCCUGGCGGUUUGUUUUUGCAAUUUCAUCUGGGCUUUGGCUGACAUGCUUAAGAAAUGAAAUGGAAAGUCCAUGAUAGGAUAACUGAAUAUUGUGCUUUGAGGAUAUUUUUCUGCACCGAAGACAAGAGUUGGUUGUGAUUCCAAAGGGAAAAUUACUGGUUAUCUUCCGGAAUUUUAGCAAAAAUGUCUCAUGGCCACAGCAAGCUAAACCCAUGUCAAGGAAAUGAAAAUGCCUCUUCAUAUCUUGUUAUUUGCCAAUUUAGCCAGUUUGCUGCCAUGUACUGCUAUUAUGGGAAUCCUCUGUUGGUUAGGAUGCUUGGAAUCUUAGAAGAUAUAACAUAAUGAAUUAAAGGAGAAAAUGGCAUCACAAUAGCAAGAGACUAAAUGAAAGAAAUCGUGUUAAUUCACUUAUUUUUGUGCUGCUGGUUUAUCAUUUUCCAAGAAUGUUGACAUAUCAAUUUCCAUCAACUUAUCCAGAUCAUGUAUUGAUUUUACUAUGAGCAUCAUUGUUGUCACCUUUCUUAAUGGCAUUUCAUCCUUAUGUAGUAUAUUCUUUUACAGGAUUUCUCUAAUUAUAUUUUCUUAAGGUUUCUCGGGUAAUAGUUAAAUGUGUGGUUUCCUCUAUUAUAUCUUUAAGGUUCUUGCUGCUAAAACUAAAUGUAAUUUUCUCUCGUACUUGGUUGUAUUUUUUGGUACCCAUUUUUAGCUUUCUUAGUUAUUCAGUAGUUUUUUUGGUCUUCUGGGUGCCCAGAGGUGUCUUGAACAACAUUUUGGGUAUGUGAGAAUGUUUAUGGGAUUUUUGGUUCCUAAACAUUUUUGGGCUUUCCAAGUACUUGGAGGGAUUUUUCAGGAUAUAGGGCAACAUUUUUGGACUUCCCAGAUAUCUGGGAACCUUUUUAAGCUUUAUAGCUAUCUGUAGGUUUUUUUUUUAAAAAAAAUACAUUUUUCAGGUAUCUAUAAAAAUUUUUUCGACUUUCUGGGUAAGAGUAAUUAUGUACUUGUCAGGUAUCUUCAUAUAAGAUGUUCAGAGACAGGUUUUUCCAGUAAACAAAAGCAUUUUUGGACUCCUCAAGUCGCUAUUUGUAUUUCUAGACUUUUUUUACUCGAGCAUGUUUAGACUUUUUUCCUGGUCUAGUGACAUUUUAGAUUUUCUAUAUGUAAUAAUAUAGAUGUGAUUAUAUUGCAUAUUAUUUCAUUAAAAAAAAAAAAGAUGUGAUUAUAUUGCAUAAUUUUGGACAUUUGUGCUAUCAAAUAUGAUAAUGCAAUGAACAAUUGCAUUAUAUGAUUAUUAUUUUCAUUGAUAUAUGUAAAUAUUGUAAUGCAAUGAAUUAUUAUAUUACAUUGUAUUGCAUUACAAAAUUAAUUGUGUUGCAUUAUAUUUCAAAAAUUUUAUUUCAACCAAACAUGUAUGUAGAAUGAAUUUGAGUCCUUAAUUAGAAUUAUGUGUUGGAUCAGAUAUCCAUGGUUAAACAUUUUUGUAAUUUUUUUAGUUUGCAAAUGUACUGUUGUCCAGAUGAUAUCUUUGAUCUGUUUGGCAUCCUUAGUACUAGUUAGUUUAGAGGUUAACUUUAGGAAUGAAUUUGGAUUUCUUCCUUUGUCAUCUGCUAUCAGGAAUUUGGAUAAAAACAUACUUGUCCUAUUAAUUUAUUGAUAUAUCGGAUCCCAUUAUCCUUUUAGGACAAGGAUCAUUUGGAUUUGUUUCUGUUCCUUAUUUUAAAUAAUAUUUUGCUUUUCAUAGAUAUUGUAAGACAGAGAGAAAAUGGGAAGAGGUAAUCAAAGUGGGAAGUGUAUAUUUCAUUAUCAGUAGUGGGCGCUAUAUGCAGCAGCCAUUAGGUUACUUGGCUGUCAACGUAGUCCUUAAUGGUUGGUUUCUGACAUGCUUUUUAAGUCACGUAGUCAGUGUCUUGUUCUGUGAAUUAUGUGCCAAAAAUUUUAUUGGCGACAUCUCUUUCUUGCUGUUCAUGUGUGUUUGUUGUCUUUUCUCUUUAGAGAAUCUUGCUUCAUUUUGUUUUGCUUUUCCUUUUAGAACAAUGGUGUUAACUAUACGAAUAUGUAUUUCCAGUACAAUUUCUUAUGCAAAUUUGUGGUAGAUAAUGUAAACACAAAAGGGUAAGUAGUUUAAUUUGUAUAAACUGUUUACAUAUGCAGUAAAUUUUUUUAGUGAAUGCAUUUUACGAGCCUAAAUGCAUUUUAAAAGCCUAGCAUUCCAAAAUUGUCCUGCAGAAUCCGGCCUAGGUCAGGUCAGUUUGGAUUAUUUUUGUUUAACUAUAUGAUAAUUUGGAGGUUGUAUUUUGCUUGGUCUCUGUUUAUCUCACAACGAAAAAUAAAUUUCUCAUUCCAAUUUCGAUUCAAGUGUGAAUGGAAUUGAUAUCAUCUUUGUGCAAAGUAUAUGUGAUUCUAUCAAAUGGAAUUUCUCCUAAACCUGAUUCGACAAGUGAAUUUAUAUUAGUUUAAGGAUUGAAUAGUCUCUCAGGUACACAAAAUAUUGAGAAAUGUCACUGAGUACUCUUUAGGCUCUUUUUCUUUGACUUAGAAUUGUGCUUUUUUUUUUUUUUUGGUGGGGGGGGGAGACAAAAAAGUGGACGAUGACUAUCAUUUGGUUAAUCAAGCCCGGAGAUGUAUCAUAAUAGUGUAGGUAUAAAAGCAUUUAUUAACUCAAAGAAAAUUUAGUUUCCUAGUCCCUCAAGAAUGUGAUGGUGUCGCAUUGAAUCUAUGUUGAAGAAGCAAUUUGGCUGGGCGUUCUAAUUCUCUCUGGCCAAGCAAGAUCUACGCCUUUAACAAUGUCAUGGAGCUCAAUGAAUAAAGGAGUGCUGGAUCCGAUGCCAAUCAUGGAAAUAAAAGUCAAUGACAUAUCUGCCAUUAUCAGAGCAAUGGUUGAAGUGUUAUUACGGCCCCCAUAAAGAAAUCCAUUGUUGUUGAGCUUAAUCUAAUUCUGAGGGGGAGCAUUCCAGCUUAUGUCUACAAUGUUGCCAAUAUGGAGCAAUUUUAGUGAUGAUUGCAGCGCAAGAUGAAAUGUUAGUUUCAUGGCCCCUCGGAUGGACGGACGGACGAAGAACUAAAUGAAAAUGAUAAUUGGAAGAAGAAGAUGAAAAAUAAACAUCCAGUUCAGUUUUUGUGUUUGGUGAGACAGAAAAAUAAACAUUAAUGGAGGAGGGUGUAGCAUACUUUUACCGUACAUGUUAUUGCUUAUUUAUGCGGUACAAAAUAUUCAUGUAGUUUCUAUAUCAGUAUGUUCUUUUUUA